AAAGAAGCAGAACACUUCCUGGGCACGCGGCUAUUAUUAUGCACUCUCCAUGUGUUGAGAACGUUCAAAUGGGUCUGCUGACGUGACGAGCCUCCACUACCCAACAUUAGCUAAUUGAAAAGGAACCUAACACGACUUGGAAAGGAAUUGGUUGUCCUCUUUCUUAGGUUGACUAGUGUAUUUUUUUCAACCUGGAUAGCUGAGUAGAUAGCUAAACUAACAAUCGCUAUACUUGGUGGAUUUAGACAGAAACAUGGCUAUGGUUUUAAUCCCUGCAAACACUACCGCACUUUUGCUGGAUAUUGAAGGAACCACGACACCAAUAACGUUUGUGAAGGACAUUUUAUUCCCAUACAUCAAAGAUCAUCUUGAAGAGCAUCUGUCUGCGCAUUGGGAAGAAGAUGAAUGCAAACAAGAUGUGCAUCUCCUGAAGAAACAGGUUGAGGAGGACCUGCGUCUGAACCGAGCAUGUGCGCAGCACGUCCUGGACCAGUCUGGGCACACGGACGAGGAGAAAGCCAUCAGAGAGGUGGUGGACAACGUGCUGUGGCAGAUGGCUUCAGACAGGAAGACCACGGCCCUGAAACAGCUGCAGGGACACAUGUGGAGGGCGGCCUACGCUGCUGGGAGAAUCAAAGGCGAGCUGUACCAGGAUGUGGUUCCAUCCAUCAGGAGGUGGAGACGGCAGGGCCUGAAGGUCUAUAUCUACUCAUCUGGCAGUGUGGAAGCCCAGAAACUACUGUUUGGAUACUCUGUAGAGGGAGAUGUCCUAGAUCUAUUUGAUGGCCACUUCGACACCAACAUAGGCGCCAAAGUAGAAAGUAAAAGCUAUGAGAGAAUUGCGGAGAGAAUGGGCUGCCUGUCUGAGGAAAUCAUGUUCCUGACAGAUAUCACACGGGGUAAGUGUUGUAGCGGGCAAAUGAGUUCAACGGUGAAUGCUCUUUACAUAUUGUUUGGGCCAGAGCCUUUCUACCUAGCUGGAUCAGCCUCUGAAGCUUUGCCAACCUUAGCUAUGACUGAAUUCCACAGUGGAAUUUCCCACUUGCUUGUCCUAAACUACAACAACCCAGCCUGCAUUAGACAAGUACAUAUGCUGCUUAUAGAAUAUCAAAUGGGCAUAUUUUAACUUGUAUUUAUUUUCCUGUUUUAUGGACACGCAUGUUCUCAAUAACCUACUGGGUAACAUGAAGAUGAUACGUUUACCUGAUAACUGAAGCCAUGUAGCUAGCCCUGCUUUAGAGCAGAAUAGCACUUGGAAAGGCUGUUCUAUCAGCGUUAAAUCAGUACAGUGUUAGAGCUAUAUGCUGUACUGCAUCAGAGUGCGAGCCUCCCCCUGAGGUAUGGCGACUACAUGUCUCGGAUUGCGCGGGACAGUCCAGCAGUUUGGCCCUUUGUCCCCCAUCCCGCAACUAUACUGUUAUGUCCUGCAUUUUAUCAACAAAUUCAAACAAAUUUCAAUUUAUUAUUUUACAUUUGUCCCGUUUUUCAUUCAAACCGGUCUCUUGCAGUUAGGCUUAUGGAAGGAUGUAGGCCUAUAUCAUUAGGAUUUGGUACAGGGGUGUUGAACACUUCUCCAAUCGUUGCUGAGAUCUGAUAUUCUGUUCAAGACGAGACACAGGCCAAUGUCAACCAAUGACAUUUCUCAAAUCCUUUCGGGCUAAAUUCCAGCUAAACUCAGGACAGUUAGGCCUAACUACUUACAAAAAGCUGAUGAAGAGUAAGUCCACAGCCGUAUUAGACUGAAAGAUGGGCUAUAGGGUGAUUGUCAAACUUGAGGCUCUCUAUGCUCAUUAGUUGCUCAUUCAUCAUAUUUUCUACUACUUCACUCAAUCCUGUUAUACAUUCCCUGAGACCAACUAGAAAUGUUUCCUUGGCCACACACUCACAGAUUUUCAUAAAACAGCCACAUGUGGUGUUUUUUUAUAUAUAUAUAUAUAUAUAUGAAUUUGCGCAUCACCAAAAGAGUAGGCUAGGCGUGCUUCAGUUGGCUCAUUCAGUGCAGCGGGAGAAGGGGUGUAGUGCUGUAGGAGCAGUGCCACUUCUUACAGUGGUGCUCAUCUAGUAAAGUUGGAUCAAAGCUGAAUCCAUGUCUCGGAAUAUCACACGGUUGAAUUAUUCUAUAUAUUCUAUAUAACCAAAUAUAAUAGCAUAAUGUUACUGUUACUAAUUUCUUGAGAUUUUAAAAAUGGUUAGCUGAAUAGUACAUUUAUAAAAAAUCAAAUGCAAUCAGAACUCCACAGCGUGCGCCACGAGGCAGAAUGGGAUUUUGAUUGGAGAGAAAAAAAAAAUAAGGCUAUAUAGUUUAACACCAUAUUUUCUCACAAAACAGUAAUUCAAGAAGAUCUAAAUGAAUAUUCCAAUGAAACCGAUUUGAGAUCAAAUGAUUGGCAUGCAGUUUGGACAUUUCACCAUAAAACGUGAAGAAUUGUCCAUAUUAGGUAGCCUGACUUGGUGUUUUGAGGGUAUUACAAAUACUAAUUUCAUAGGCAGAUGUUGCAGUUGGAGGACGCAUUUUCUAUAAAGAUAUUCAAUGGGCUACAUUAGUGGAGGGGUGCGAAUGUCCCUCAAACUCAUUGAUUUGGAUAUUUUUAAAUGUGGUCACCCUACCCUGAGGGGAAGCGGAUGCCAUUGCAUGGAGAGCCACACGGCUGCCUCAGGCUGGCCCCACAAUCACCUUUAAUGUUCUACCUUCCUUUGUUGUGUAGGUUGUUAGCUUAGCGUACAACCAAGGGUUAGUGCCUCUGUUACACCGACACUGGGACUUGGGUGAGCCUGCUGUCCUGGGAUCCUAGUGUGACUCAGUGAGCAUGAUCGAGAGAAGGAUAUUUGUGUUUUUGUUCUUCCCUGCAGAGGCCAAGGCAGCGGAGGAUGCGGGUGUGAACGUGGCGGUGGUGGUGCGGCCGGGGAACAUGGAGCUGACGGAGGAGGAGAGGUCACACUAUAACCUCAUUACAACUUUCAGCCAACUGGAAGUGACAGGCGGCGUUUAACACUGGAGGGGAGAGAUGCUGCCGUUCGAAUUCUGCCCUUUUCCUCCUCAGUGUGCACUCAUUGACUCCCCCCUUGUGGAUGUAAAGGUACUGGAUAAGUGUACGCAUGGGAGGUUUCGCCAAAUAUAUCUAACACCUUUUUGUUUCUAAAUACAUGAAGGGGAGUAAUGAGUGUACACUUGGGAGAGAAUCGGAACACAGCUAGAGAGAGGGAGACCACUUACUCACUAGCCCCGUUCAAUCAUGUUCCCUAUCCUCUUCCCCUAGCACCUACUGCCCCUUGGAUCUUAUCAAAGGACUGGAAUGGUAAAAGCAAAGUGAUUGAUGCUCCUUUUUUAAGCCUAUUGGAGAGCCAGGUGGAGCUAUUGCUUUCCCCUAUCUGGUCCUUACAGACUCUGAAGGGGAGUGGGCUAUGAGAAGAAGCUACUAACUGAAAUUGAACCAGGCCACUCUCAUAAGAACUGUUUGUCCAAGGGGAGGGGAGGCCAUUGAUCCAAGGAUUUUGGGAGUGCACUAAAAGAGGAGCCUGGGUGCCAGUCUGUUUCUGCUCUAGCCAACAUGUCGUUGUCUUAGCCAGGUAACUGUGUAGCGUUGUUGAACACAGAAACAGUCGGGUAUCUAGGCUACACCCAGGGUACCAAGAGUCGUACCAGUCUGCAGACUGCACAUUUUAAGGGACCUCCCAGGGUUUCUUUCACCUUUUAUUUUUUAAAGCAUUUUAAAUAAAAAACAUAUUUAAGUUGA